AUGGAAUCUCAAGACAAAGAAAGUCGAAUGAUCUUAGCCAGUCAGGCUUUUCAAAGAGGCCCAAACCAAAGCAUUCGAGCCAUUGCAAAGGUCUACAACGUUAGUCGCAGCUCACUUAGUGCUCGUCUAAACGGCAUUGCGGCGCGACGCGAUACUACGCCUAACUUACGAAAACUAACGGAUCUAGAGGAAUCAACAAUUAUUCAGUAUAUCCUUAACCUAGAUGCGCGAUCAUUUCCUCCCCGGCUUAGCGGUGUACAAGAUAUGGCGAAUCAACUGCUCGCGGAUCGCGACGCGCCUCCCGUGGGACCACGAUGGGCUUCAAACUUCGUCAAGCGCCACAAAGAGCUUACUACGCGUUUUACGCGUAAAUAUGACUACCAGAGGGCCUUAUGCGAAGAUCCAAAGCUAAUUGGAGACUGGUUUGAGCUUGUGCGCAAUACAGUCGCGAAAUACGGCAUCCUAGAGGAGGAUUUCCACAACUUUGACGAGACCGGCUUUAUGAUGGGCAUAAUCUCAGCCACUAUGGUUGUUACAAGCUCAGAUAGAUAUGGGAAGCCAACCUUAGCUCAGCCAGGUGAUAGAGAAUGGGUUUCAGUGAUUCAAUCUAUUAAUUCUCGAGGGGAGGCUAUCCCGCCAUUUGUCAUCGUUGCAGGGCAAUAUCACCUAGCGAACUGGUACGAAGAUAGCACGCUGCCAAAGGAUUGGGUGAUCUCUACAACUCAUAACGGCUGGACUACAAAUGAGAAAGCCGUAGAUUGGAUCCAGCACUUUGAAAAGCAUACUCAGCCUCAAACUCGUGGCGCAUACCGUCUUCUUAUCCUAGAUGGGCACGAGAGCCACCACUCAACUGCAUUUGAGUUAUUCUGCAAAGACCACAAGAUUAUCACGCUAUGUAUGCCAUCUCAUUCAUCUCACAUUCUUCAGCCACUAGAUGUUGGCUGUUUUGGGCCGCUUAAGAAGGCAUACGGCAAAGAAAUUGAAGGACUUAUGAGGGCGCAUAUAACCCACAUCACUAAGGCCGACUUCUUCCCUGCGUUUUUUAAUACGGCAAAGAAAUUGAAGGACUUAUGA